GCCCUCAGCGGCAGCAGCACACAGAGAGGAGCGGCGGAGUGCGGAGUGACGGGGCGAUAUUUUUUACAUGAUUAAAACACUAAACGGGGACGAAUACACGCACGGAUCCAUAGAAACAUAUCUUAAAUACCCAGUCCGUCAUGGAGUCCUAUGACAUUUUAGCUAACCAGCCGGUUGUGAUUGAUAAUGGUUCGGGGGUUAUCAAGGCUGGUUUUGCAGGCGACCAGAUCCCCAAAUACUGCUUCCCGAACUAUGUGGGGCGUCCCAAGCAUGUUCGCGUGAUGGCAGGAGCCCUGGAGGGAGACCUCUUCAUUGGACCCAAGGCAGAGGAGCACAGGGGUUUGUUGUCGGUUCGGUAUCCGAUGGAGCACGGGAUCGUGAAGGACUGGAACGACAUGGAGAGGAUCUGGCAGUAUGUUUACUCCAAGGAGCAGCUGCAGACUUUCUCUGAGGAGCAUCCUGUACUGCUGACUGAGGCUCCUCUCAACCCCAGCAAGAACAGGGAGAAGGCUGCAGAGGUUUUCUUUGAGACCUUCAAUGUCCCUGCUCUCUUCAUCUCCAUGCAGGCUGUGCUUAGCUUGUACGCCACAGGCCGCACCACCGGCGUUGUGUUGGAUUCAGGCGACGGCGUGACCCACGUUGUGCCCAUCUACGAGGGCUUCGCCAUCCCACACUCCAUCAUGCGCGUGGACAUUGCUGGAAGAGACGUCUCCCGGUACCUCCGCCUGCUGCUGCGCAAGGAAGGCUACAACUUCAACACCUCCGCUGAGUUUGAGGUUGUUCGCACCAUCAAAGAGAGAGCCUGUUAUCUGUCUCUCAACCCCCAAAAGGACGAGACUUUAGAAACAGAGAAGGCUCAGUAUGUCCUCCCUGAUGGAAGCACUUUAAAUAUUGGCCCCGCCAGGUUCCGUGCUCCAGAGCUGCUGUUCAGACCUGACCUGAUCGGAGACGAAAGCUCGGGCAUCCACGAGGUCCUGGCCUACGCUAUCCAGAAGUCUGACAUGGACCUCCGACGCACACUGUUCUCCACCAUCGUGUUGUGUGGAGGGUCGACGUUGAUCAAAGGUUUUGGGGAAAGGCUACUAACUGAAGUGAAGAAGCUUGCACCCAAAGACGUGAAGAUCAAGAUCUCAGCUCCCCAGGAGAGGCUGUAUUCCACGUGGAUCGGUGGCUCCAUCCUGGCAUCGCUGGACACCUUUAAAAAGAUGUGGGUGUCGAAGCGGGAAUAUGAAGAAGACAGAGCACGUGCCAUCCACAGGAAGACGUUCUAGCAGGGGCCGGCGUCCUGCGAAUGCCCCUCAGAACUGCCCUCAAACCCCCCCCCCAUCAUACUGUCGGAGACUCCCAUACUCCUGCACCCGUCGUCCUCUUCUAAACCACUGUCAGCCGACCGCUUUAACCCCUCCCCUGCACCCACCCCUCAGAGAAACACACACGUUUAUGUGUGGGCGUUUCCGUAUUUACCUCCUUUUUCAUUCGCCUCCUUUUCUCCCCGUUCUUCCUGCUGAUGGGUGACGGUGACAGCACCCGUCGCCUCACCCCAAACAUUCACACACAGAGGGCCGUCAGGGUAUCUCAGAGGGCAACGAUUAGCACUGUGGACUCGUACUGCAGGCCCUACUAUUCUAUAAUUUAGUCCACAUUUAAGUAUUGGGAUUGCUCUCUUGCCUGCGAAGCCCUGCAAGGUGUAGAAUAUAAUGAAAUGUCAAUAAACGUGAAUGUUUUCUUUUUUUUUUUUUUACUGUUCCAUUCCAAGCCGAAGAGGUAGAUUUUUAUUUGCUGUCCAUUUUGUAGGAUUUUUUUUAAACUUUCUGACACAGAUUAUCUCGGGCAGAACAAAGGUUUGAAGUACUGUAGCAGCGUAUAGUGCUAGUGAGGUAAAGAUAACCACUGUAUUGUAUAUCUGGCCUAAACUGCACAGUUAUUAAAGUUAAUGCGGUUAAUUUAUCAUCAGACUGACCACAGGUCACCUCUUAUUAUCUUCUCUGUUGUUAUUACCAAUGAAAUGUUUCAGGUGUUUGUGUCCAUGAAGAAAAGGUGGAGUUCGGUCGUUUGUCAGCUUCCUGUCUCAGCUGACGGGAUUAAAACGAAGGGUAGGAAAUGCCUUGUUUUUGUUUUUGUUUUUGUUUUUCCCUCGUUUAGUUCCACGUUUACAGCAGUUGAGAUGCACACUUAAAGGAGAAGUCCGCGAUUUUUCAGCCCAGUUCUUAUUCUUCUCAUAGUUGUGGCCUGAGUCUGGGCCCUGCCACCUGUAGAGGUUUAGUAAAGGUGACUGGUAAAUGAAGAACAGAGUCUGUUAAAGCUUUACAACUUUAAUUUAUAUGCAAAUCAGCUCAGACACUUUUCUCUGAGUUGAAAGCAGGAAGAGGUCGCCUGUGGCGGUCUGAUGGUUUUCAGCAGAGGUGCAGAGACAUUCCAGGCUUUGGUUUGUGUCGUGGUUGUUGUCUCUGUUGAGAGGAGGAUGGGCUGUCGAUCAGAGGUGUGGGGCAGAUCAGCUGACUGGACGCACAGGUCUGCAUGAUGUGUUGCUGAGAUUUUGCAGGUGUGAGCAUCUGCAGCGACCUAUCUUUACCCAUAACCCUUCUCUGCAGAUGUUUUCGCGCCUCUUUUCAUAAACAGGUACCGAUGUCUGUCCGCCUCCAUCCUCCGUCUUUCCUCCGCCGUUAGAUUUAGCUCCUCGUGUUUGGUUCUGGAGUCAGUGAUGAGAAAAAGACCCGGGUUGAAAAAGGCAGGAUUUUUUUUCCUUUAAAUGUUUUUGAGUGUAACAUUCAGCUGACAGGACAAAAACUCGCUGUCCCAUUUCCCCCACUGGUCCUUUGGAAGCUCUUUGCUUUCUAAACUCGGUUGCAUGUCAGUGAAUCGUGUAGUUAAAGAUCUCCACAGUCAGCCACAGAGACACGAGGCCAGGCUGUGGAGUCUGGAUGGAAGAACACCGAGAGGCCACAGAAAGGCUGAUCCUCCCCCCUCCCUCUCCCCUCCCCCUCCCUCUCCCUCUCCCUCUCUGUUAUAGUAAAAGUCUGGGUCUUAUGAUUUCCCUGCAUCUCAGUGGCAGUGAAGGGGUCAUGUCCACACCUGUGUCCGCCUUACUCCGCCUGCGUCAGCGCCGGAGCGUCCACAUCGUCUGCUUUUGGGUGUUUUUAAAAAAAAGAUUGAAAAAAAAAACAAAGGUUGUAAAACGUCAUCAGCCUUGUGUACAGUGGAAUGCUUUU